AUCUUCCUUCCCCUCCCGGAGUAAGAAGACUCCAGAAAGAGGAGCUGUCAGCGGGUUACCACCGCAGACACUCAACUCAGACACCUUCAGAGCAUUUGGAGAAGACGUGUCUUGUGCCAGAACUUAGCCCAAACACACAUGAGACAGCCCUGGGGCCUCCUACUCAUCCUGUGCAUCUGUGGGCUGAAGAUGCUCCGGCCAGUGCUGGGAAGUAUCCGGAACAAACUUCUCUAUGAAGUCAAAGACGUCAAGCAGUGCUGGGUACAGCCUCCGCCUGAGUAUUGUGCGAAAAGGUGCAACAAGCUAAAUGGAUGCAUACAGUCAGAUCAUACAUGCUGCUGGACCUUCUGUGGCAACAUCUGCUUGCACGACGAGUAA